GUUUGGCGUAUGUCUCUGCAGUGUGCGCGUGCGAAAAUCCCUACGCGCAAUUCGUGAUUUGAGAACUCGCAGACAGUGCGUCACGUACAGUAGUACACAUACGUGCUUUUGGUGUGUGUGUGUGCUUGUGUGUGUGUGUUUACCCUCGUGCACAGUGCACAGUUCGCAGCAGCAUUGCUACAUCGAAUAGUUUAUAUCUGAGUAUACAGUGCCAGCUCGGCGCAGCUCCGGCCUGCAGUCGUACAUAUAUAUAUACGUCAGAAAACGAUACAGCGAUAAGAGGCGUCGAUUUCGCGACGUUCUUCAUUCAAUAACUGCACAUAGCGAGAUAAACGCAGGUGUGAAGGCACCGCAACAAGUCAAUCAUGAGUUAUCAAAUGCCCCAGAAUCAAUCCAGGCCGAUGUCGCAUGGAAACUAUCAGCAAGGUCCAGCCGAUUUGCCAAUGUGUUCGAGCAAGGAGCAAACCCUAAUGUGGCAGCAAAACACCUACAUGGCCGAUUCGGGUAUCCAUUCGGGGGCCGCGACCCAGGCGCCGUCUUUGAGCGGCAAGGAAGACGAUGAGAUCGAGGGCGAUCAGCUGAUGUUCGAUCUCGACCAAGGCUUCGCCCAGGGUUUCACUCAGGAUCAGGUAGACGAGAUGAACCAGCAACUGAAUCACACGCGAUCUCAGCGUGUCCGCGCGGCCAUGUUCCCCGAGACCCUGGAGGAAGGCAUUGAAAUCCCGUCGACGCAGUUCGACGGUAGCCAGGCUACGGCCGUGCAGCGCCUAUCCGAACCGAGCCAGAUGUUGAAGCAUGCUGUGGUCAAUCUCAUCAAUUACCAGGACGACGCCGAUCUCGCGACCCGCGCCAUACCCGAGCUAAUUAAACUGCUCAACGACGAGGAUCAGGUUGUCGUUUCGCAAGCUGCUAUGAUGGUUCAUCAGCUCUCGAAGAAGGAAGCCUCUAGACACGCCAUCAUGAACAGCUCACAGAUGGUGGCUGCCCUCGUAAGAGCCAUCUCCAACAGCGAGGACCUCGAAUCGACCAAAGCAGCUGUUGGCACUCUGCACAACUUGUCUCAUCACAGACAGGGUUUGCUGGCCAUUUUCAAGAGCGCCGGUAUACCAGCGCUUGUCAAGCUCCUCAGCUCGAACAUCGAGUCGGUGCUGUUUUACGCCAUCACGACCUUGCACAAUCUUCUCCUUCAUCAGGAAGGCUCGAAGAUGGCCGUGCGUCUAGCCGGCGGUCUGCAGCGCAUGGUCAUCCUCUUGCAGCGCAAUAACGUCAAAUUCUUAGCUAUCGUAACCGAUUGUCUGCAGAUUUUGGCUUACGGCAACCAGGAGAGCAAGCUCAUAAUUCUUGCCAGUCAGGGACCCGCCGAGCUCGUGCGCAUCAUGCGCACUUUCGACUACGAGAAGCUCCUCUGGACUACUUCUCGAGUUCUGAAAGUUCUCUCGGUGUGCCCGAGCAACAAGCCAGCUAUCGUCGAAGCUGGCGGUAUGCAAGCUCUCGCGAUGCAUCUUGGAAAUGCGAGUCAACGUCUCGUACAAAACUGCUUGUGGACCCUGCGCAAUCUUUCCGAUGCUGGCACCAAAGUUGACGGCCUCGAAGGUCUUCUGCAGAGUCUCGUUCAAGUUCUAGCCUCCACGGACGUCAACGUUGUCACCUGUGCCGCCGGUAUAUUAUCCAAUCUCACUUGCAACAAUCAGCGCAACAAGGUCACUGUUUACCAAGUUGGAGGCGUCGACGCUCUUGUCCGUACAAUUGUCAACGCAGGCGAUCGCGAGGAAAUCACCGAGCCAGCCGUUUGUGCUUUGCGUCAUUUAACUUCCCGACACAUUGAGGCAGAAAUGGCUCAAAAUUCUGUUCGACUGAAUUAUGGAAUACAAGUAAUCGUUAAGUUGCUUCAGCCUCCGUCUCGAUGGCCUUUGGUUAAAGCUGUCAUUGGUCUCAUAAGAAACUUGGCUCUCUGUCCCGCUAAUCAUGGCCCACUGAGGGACCACGGUGCAAUACCUCAUUUAGUUCGUCUACUACUUCGUGCAUUCCAGGAUACCCAAAAUCAACGAUCUGCAGUUGGAAAUGUCGGUGGCGCAGUACCCCCAGCCACUUACGCCGAUGGUGUUCGCAUGGAAGAAAUAGUCGAAGGCACGGUUGGCGCACUUCAUAUUCUUGCCAGAGAGUCUCACAAUAGGAGCAUCAUAAGAUCGCAAAAUGUUAUUCCCAUUUUCGUACAGUUAUUGUUCAAUGAAAUUGAAAACAUACAACGGGUGGCCGCUGGCGUACUUUGUGAAUUGGCAGCUGACAAAGAAGGUGCAGAGAUGAUAGAACAACAAGGAGCUACGGCUCCUUUAACAGAACUUCUUCAUUCACGCAAUGAAGGUGUCGCAACCUACGCCGCCGCAGUUUUGUUCCGCAUGAGCGAAGAUAAGCCACAAGACUACAAAAAGCGGUUAUCGCUAGAGUUGACAAAUUCAUUACUGCGAGAGGAUACAAACUUAUGGAACAAUGCAGAUUUUGGAAUGGGUCCAGAUUUACAAGAUAUGCUUGGAAACACUGAACAAACUUAUGAGGGUAUGUAUGGACAAGGACCACCUAGUUUACACAGCAGCCAUGGAGGUAGAAUGUAUCAGCCUCAAGGCUAUGACCAGAUACCAGUAGACUCAAUGCAAGGACUAGAAAUUGGCGGGGGUUCUACAUUUGGAGCAAUUGAUGCAAUGGAUGUAACUACAACAGAUAAUGAACUCAGCUUUGAUCAUCAUGAAGAGCUAGACAGUUCUGUUCCUGCACCCUGGUACGACACUGACCUUUGAAUAUUUAUUGCAAUAACAAGUAUUUUAUUAUUAUUGUUAGGGGUAGCCAGUUCUGAUAUUUUAUUUACUCUGACUUCGUAAUGUCGAGUAUAGCAAUAGUUUUUUUAUCUGAUUUCUCCAUGUGACCUGAUAUACAGAGAAACUGAUAAAAUGUAUGUAUUUAUCGUGAAUGUAAGUACAUACAAUUUUUAUAAUUUUUUUGUACUUUUAUUAUAACUAAUGUCUUAUAAAUUUUUGGAAAUUCUUUUGUUAUGAAAAUUGAAAUGCAGCAUAUGAGCUUAAAUAUUGUAUCAAAUUCAAACAAGACAAAUUAAUGAAAAAAGAAAUUCUUACACUAAAAUAUCAUGAAGAGAAAAUAAAAAUGACAAAAAGACAAUCUAAGAAAUAAAUCAAAGUUGAAAGAAGGUGUUCAAAACUUCAUUUUGAGCGAAUUAUCAAUUUUUUUUCGCAAAAAUUAAAAAUUAGCUUCUUUAAAAUCAAAAAUUAAAAACAACCUCUGAUAAACGUUAUGAUGUAUAAAAAAAAAGGAGUUGAAUGCAAAUAAAUAUUACUUAUAGAAUAUUAUUGUAGUGAUAAAGUGGUAGUGAAUAUUAUAUUUGCAUAAUCUUGUGACAUCUUUAUUAUAAUAAUUACCAGCAUAAUAUCUAUUACAUUAGAAAAAAGAGAUCGGUCUACAGGGACUCUACUUUACAAUUAAGUAUUAAAUGAUCAUUUACUAUGUAAUCAAUAGACCAUAGAAUGAAGUACACAAAAAAUGUUUAUUAAUCUUUAACGAAUUUUUUCAAUGUUUUACAAAAAAAUGAUGAAAGUUUUUUUGUAUUUGAAUAACCACAUGUAAACCGCAUAUAUUAUCACAUACCGAUUACUGUAUAAGCAAAAACCAUCUAUGGUACACUUGUGAAAUAAUGAAUCAAAGAUUUUUUACGUAAUCAUACUGACAAAUAUCUUCAAGUAUUAAAAGUUAUAAAUUAUAAUCUAAUUUUUCGCACAAUGAUUAAAUAAAAACUCAGUGAGUUAACAAACAAAAUGAA